AUGAUCGUAAAAUUUCAUUGCCAUUAAUCUUUUCAGUUGUACAUUGUUGUUUACAGCGUUAAAAGAAAGAAGAAUAAAAAUAGAACGACAUAAUAGAGAAUUUGGAUAUUCAAAAAAAAGAAACCUAAGAUAAGUUGUUCAAGUAGAUAAAAUACAGAAUUUUGUAUAAAAGAUACUAAGAAUCACUAUUAAUAAUUUACACCAAAGAGUAAUUAUUUAAAAAAAAUAAAUUUCUGA